AUACAUUGACCCGCUUCACUUGCUUACUGUUCUCGUAAAACUAAAGAAGAAGAGAGUUUUGAAUUUCUCAACCAUGUUUAUGCUCUGCUACGGAGUCCUCUAUAUGGCUUCAAACUACCAGCGGUGACAUUGUAGAAUUUGAAUAUGACCUUGCCUGGUACUCCCCUAUGAUAUGUCUCAAAUUGAAUGCUGGAAUUGGGUAUUCAAGGGGCAACCCCAUUUGUGUACCUCCCAAGGUUGCGUCGUUUGCAUUAGAGUUGAUACAUGAUUACCUGCGAUAUUACGAGGAUCCUGAUCGCUCCGAGGAGGAGUUCGACUUGUUUGUUGAUGAAUUUAUUAAAAAGGACACACCCACUCUUUGCAAGUUGGGUCAUGCUGCAAAGUGUCUCCAAGUGGAAGAGCUAGUUGAUUUGAUCUGUGAUGGUCUUGCUGAAAACAUUGAUAAGAAUUCUCCAAAAGUAAAGCAAGAUUUCUUGAACUAUUUCGAGAAGUGUGCAGAGGGAGAAGAGCUGGAGCCUCACAAGAAUCAAACCGGUGGCAUACGUAUCAGGCUUUCAAAGAAAUUGCUGGCUAAACGGACGAAAGAGCUUGAAGAGGUGCAUAACGUUAAGAAAGCGGAGGCAGAAGUGGAGGCUCAGAAACACGAAGAUCGUUCAAUUGAUGACCUUAUUUCUUUUAUCAAUGGGGAAGAUAAAGGUUCCAAGGGUUUGAAGAAGAAGAGGAAUGGUUACAAGGGGAAGGAGAAAAAGAAAACUGCUUCAAGUAGUGCUAUUUCUUCAUCUGAAGCAUCUGGUUCAAAAAAAGUCAUUGAGAACCAUGAGGAGGCGAUGCAUGCUUCUGAUGUUGCAAACCAUGGCGGUUCAACUGCAGAUUCAUUGAAGCUAUUCGGCAGUGAAGAUGAGAGCUUCAAAGUUAAGGGUGACGCUGCUGAUAGUGAUCUGGAUCUGGUGAAGAUGAAAGAGAUUGAUAGAACCUGGAAAGGGUAAAAGCGGCCCUCCUUCUCAACAGUCAUGAAAGCUAGCAUAAUAUAUACCAUUGUUCCUUAUUUGUUCUCUCCUUGUGCAUAGAAGUAGAGGAAUUCGCUCGGUUACUAUAUUUAGAUCCGGCCAGACUUCUUCCAGGAGAAUUAUGUCAAUCAUAAGUGUGAUGAUGCUAUUGGAAACUUGGUAAACAAUGAAGAUUAUGCUCCAACGCUUUCCCGGGGAAGUAUUUAAAUUCGCAUGGAUACUAAAUUUGGAUCCGGCUUCUAUUUAUUGAUUUACAAGAGCAGGCCUUCCUGAUACAGAUGAAAUUAUAUCAAAUGAUAAGAAAUCAGGUCUUGGUUGGGGCACAAGUAUAGCGCUGUUGCUGCUUAUGAUCUCACUCAUUGGUCUCGCUUGUUUCUAACUCAACUCAGUGGUCCAGGAGCAAUCUAUCUUUUUCUUAAUUCGAGAACAUCGAUGGGUGCAAAGAAGACAUCAGGCAGCCAGAGAAAAAGUAAGGAAAAGAAUGAUCUGAAAAAGUGCUUCCCGGUGCAACUUUUAUAUGAUACUUGCAAGGAGGUGUUUGAGAAUGACGGCCCUGGGAUUAUUCCCUCCCCAGAGAACGUCCAAAGGCUUAAGGAUGUUAUGAGCUCCAUAUGAAUACAACUGACUCAAAAUAUGACGAUGUAGUCGUGUGCAGAGGAUAAGGAAGCGGUGGUGGCCGCAGUGGAUGGCGGUGACGGCAGCUAUUCCGGAUUAGAAUGGGAUCUGUGGUUUCAGAAAGGAAGCGCUAAUUGUGCCUUAAUUGAAGGUGUUAAUUGCACUCUACAGAAUUUUGGAGAUAGCAGAUGGAAAGAGGACAUGAGUGUAUAAGUCAUUGUAGCUAUAAAGAUCGAUGAUAGCAGGGGUUUCGCAUAAUUAUCAGAAGAUACAAGUUUUUCUUGUAAUUUCUUUGUUAAAAAUGUAAUUUUGUUUUGUAGAGCAAUUUUUUUUCCCUUGAGUUCUUUUUCCCAUAGAGUUUUACUCUUGCUGGUUUUAACGAGGUCCAAUUGAUGGGUUAUUUUUUCUGAUAUUAAAGGUCAUAUCAUUUAAACGUAA